GCUGUCUUGUACAGGAAAUAGCAGCGGCCCGACAUGCAUUCCAGCAAACCACUGACAGGUGCAGCGCGUUGCAGGUCUUCUUUCAGAAACAGAAAACCUGCCCUACCAAUUACCCGGAUUCGGAGUCCUCCACUGCACAUCAAAAGGAAAAGGACAAGCCUGCGGCAGCCUGGAACCUUAGAUUCAAAACCCGUUCGUCAGAUUUCCCAACGGGCAGAAGGCUUCAGUUUUUUAGCCGGGUGUGCUCCAGCUUCCAGGCUUUAAACACGGAUGUCAGAGAUGUCCGCUCACCACGAUGUCCGAGAGAACAGAUUUUCGAUUCAGGACACAUUUUGAUCAGACUCCCACCGAUUCAGUUCACCACUGCGAGAAAGGACUUAAAAAUAUAUUGGUGUACUGCUUCGUCAGAACGAUUAUUGCUGUGGCAGGGUCACUAUAAAGGCAGCGUCUUCACAAAGCCCACACAGUUCUCCUCCACUUUCCACUUUUCCCAAAAGUGCUGCUUGACCCUUCUUCAAGUCGCUGUUGGAAAACGAUUCAACGGAGCGAACCUGCCUGGGCGUCAUGAUUUUAGCUCGGCAAAGAAUUACAGCGAAGUCCGAAAAACUGAUGACUUAGCCACUGACAUACAGUAGGGUUUUACGAAAAAAAAAAAAAAACGAAUAAAGGAGAAAAUUAAAAUGAAGACAAAGGAAUACAACUGAUCUGUGGGUUUUUUUCUAAUUGGCCAAAGAACACAUUUUUUCAUUGGAAGAAGGCAACACUGCCGAACAACAUGGAAAACGAUAAAACAGGUAAUAUUAAACCGUUCUAUCAUCAUCCUUUCAACUGUGUAAAGGGCUAAUUUAAAAAGAAACCUCGUCACAGCACUGGCCAGACUGAAACUUGCCGGGUAGAGGGAGCGCUCGUCUGGAUGGUGCUAUCAUGAGACCGGAUGAUAUCAAUCCCCGCACCGGACUGGUGGUGGCCCUGUGCAGCGUCUUUUUAGUGUUUGGGUUCAUGUUCACUGUGUCGGGAGUCAAAGGCGAGACUUUGGGGGACGUCCCUUUAAUUGCUAUCGGGCCCGCCAUCUGCCUGCCGGGGGUGGCCGCCAUAAUCCUGGCCAAAAAAACCAACGGCUGUACCAGGUGCCCAGGUCGCUGCCGAAGAAAAAGGCAAAAAGAAACCUCCCAGCUCCUGCGGAGCCCCUGGCACCUGGGCUCGGGCAAAGGGAGCUGUGGGGAGUUGGGGAGGCUGCACAAGGACAGAGCCCCGAGGUCGGGGGAAGACUCGGUGUCCUCCACCACUACUGUCGGGGAGGCCAGGAGCCUGAUCCGCCAGGUGGACCAAGAUGAGGUGAUGAGGUACCUCCAGGCUUGCUACCCCUCCACCGUGUUCAUGGGAGUCCGGGAUGUCAGCUCCUACUGCGUCUUCGACCACAAGCGCGCCCUCAGGGAAAGUGCCGCCUACAGCACGGCUCAUAGCAGCGUGAUGUACCUGCCCAGAGACAGCAUUGUGGUCUACUCCCGCAGGGACAGCAGCCCUUACGGUGCCUACUGCUGCUACAUCAAUCCCGGGGAUUUCCGAUGGGGCCAAGAGACUGUAGUCUGAUCAUAGGGAUUGGCAAAUAAGCCCUAACACUUACCUGUGCUUUUUUUAGCAUGUGGGAGACAAAGGAAUGGGGAUCUAUUCUUUUAUGCACACGCUGUGUCUGUCUCUGUUCCAGUCAGUAGGGGACUAAGGGACACAAUAAGGAGAAGCUGGCAGGUAUUGUCCCCAGGGUCUGUGUGAGUGUUACUCUUCUAGAAGGAUCCGUUCUUCGGAAAUCAGUAACAAAAAAGAAAGUCUGGCAUAUUGCGCUUGGAUAUGGUUAAUAUGUUCUGAGGCAGUCAAGAAAAAAAUGUACUGUACUUCCCAGUCUUUAAUGGGUUUACCAAAGUGAAGCUGAGAGAGGAUAAUUCGGUCCUGUUGCUCAGCUUUUGUUUAGCCCUGGAAAGAGUGAAGCAGCCUUAGAAAGAGUGCUAUCAUUGUUUUGUUUUUUGUUUUUUUUCCAGAACCAUGAAUCCAAGUAAAGAGACAAGCCAUUUAGGUUUGGGUACAAUUAAGAUGUAUAUGAAUAUGUUAUUUUCCUAAGAGGAAAUGAAAAAGUAAAUGUAAGAACGUUUUUGUCCAAAAUCAGAAGCUUUUCUUAAGUUAUUUCACUGUUGAAAAUGCUGUGCUCUGUUUCUCAGGGAAAAACAAACUAGUAAAAAUGUCAUAGUUUCCAGCAUUUUGUUGACUAACUUCAAAAUCAGGGUGAGUGUGAAGAUGAUUUUCCUUUUAAUACUUAAGUUUAAUUAAAAUGGGAAAGAUACUGAGAACAAAAUUGUAAGGCUAGUUAUAUAUUUAAAAAUCACUUCAUUAGAAUUGACAAAUUCAUUUCAGGAGCUUUUUAACAAAAUAAUUGCAUGCGAGAUUUUCAACAAUGCAAAAAUACAAUCAGAGCUUUAAGUAACAUCCAAAGUCUUAACUUUAAUGAUUUUUAGAGGUUUUAUUAUUUUUGUAUAAAAAAUGUAUUUAUAUUUCCAAACCUGAGCAAAUUCUAAAAAUAAAACAUAGUCC